GGAACAUGGCGACAGCUCUGAGUCUUGGUGAGCACGAGAUGUAGUUACUUUCGUUACUUUUUUUUAAUAUGAUUUUUGAAGCGUUUUAAAGUUUAAAAUUUUCCUAGAUUUUUCACAUGCCUGCAUGAAAAUUUAUAUGUGGAUGAAUCUACAGGCUCGGCUCCCGCGUUUUAUCGAGAGGCGUAUCAGAUAGUAUGUCCGAAUCAAGAAGAGAAGAUCGAGCGGGAUAUGUUAGUGAAGAUCUUAAUGAAAUCAAGCCUGCCCAAGCAAUCGUUAAGUCAAGUAAACUAUAAGACAUAUUGAGCUUGUUUAUUUCGUUCUUUAUUAGUGCAAAUAAUUGCCAGAAGACGUGCUCAUCUAAGCUUUUAUUAAACCCAACGUUAACAUCAUUCACCAUUUAUUUACGUUUGUGUUGUGCUUUGAUAGUUGUACUUUUGAUUUAUUACUGAUAAAAACUGCUAUUUACCUCGCCUUUCUAACUAAUAGCUUUGCCAUGUCCAGUUGUAUUUCGAAGGAUUAUCAGAUUUGGGAAGCUGUUGAUCCGAGACAAGAUGGAUAUGUUACAAGAGAUGGAUUAUACAAAGCACUGGCCUUAACUGCUCUGGCACAGCAGGGAAAAAGUAUAUCGGAAAGAGCAUUAGAACAAUUUGUGGAUUCAGAAUUGCCAAAACCUUCAUUGGGGGACCUGUCAGAUCUGAAAAGUCUGAGUGUGCGUCAAAGACGUGAAAACAACCCAAAUGUUUUGGGUUAUAACUAUGAUGAACUUGUGAGUCUUGAUACAGUAGAGGUAGAGCUUGUACCAGAAAAGAAAGGAAUUAUCUUGAAGCACAAUGAGUAUCAUGUUUCUAGCAAGAAACAUAACUGUACUGUUAAUCGUCGCUACAAUGACUUUGUUGCUUUCCAUGACAUGUUACUAGCAAGGUUCCCAUACCGUCUUAUUCCGACACUGCCUCCGAAGAAGCUUAUGGGUGCCAGCAAAGAGUUUAUUGAGGCCAGAAAAAGAUCCCUAAAGCGGUUUCUAACUCUUGUUGUAAGGCAUCCUGUGCUUUGCGAGGACAAGAUUGUAAACUUUUUCCUUACAGUCAAGGGCUCAGACAUAGGUCAGAAGUUAAAGGACCAGUAUAAAUCAAUGCCAGAUGAAUUUAUGAGUAGUCCCCUUGCCUCCAAAGCUAAGGAACUAGUUCCUAUGGAUACACAAGCCAGUUUUCAAACCAGCCGCCUACAAAUUCAGGCCAUUCACAACAGUGUGGAGAAACUAAAAGAUGUUGCUGAUAGAAUGAUAGCGAGAGCACUAGGAUUUUCAUCUGACAUGCUUCAGUUUGCAAAGGAGCUGACAGCAUUAACCAAUGAGUCACACCCGACAACUGUAUGGGCAAGUGGUAGUGAUAACUCCUGGGGAAACCUUAAACACAGCUUUACUGGAAUUACACCUUAUUUUACCAAGCUCUCAGAGAGAGGAGCUGUUUGGUUUAAAAGAGAAGAUACGGGUGCUGCUCAGUACUUGGCUCUCUUCUUGGACUUAACCUCAAGCUAUCGGGAACUUUGUGAAAGACAUGAAAAGGGAGUGUUAAAAGAUCACCAACACUCACUCCAGAAAAUGCAGCAGAUCAAAAAGCGGCAGAUUGCUGCACAGGCAAAAGGUCAGGAUCAUGCUGUCGAUCAGCUGGAAUCCAAAAUCGUUGAACAAGAGACGGACAUCAGUAACAUGGAAAACAGGAACUACUUCUCCCUUCACUGCCUCCAGCUGGAGACGCAAUUAGUCCACGCCAACAUAAAGAUGUUGGCUAUAGUGUUACAAAAGAUGGUAAUGUCGCAGGUGGCAGGACACAAGGAGGUAUCUGAAGUAUGGAAUGAACUUGAUCCACUUGUGGCAGCUUUACUUCCCAGCAGCUCUCCUGGUUCGUCACCUCCUGGUUCACCACCAUAGAAGUAAUCUCAGCAUCCUGUGCAAUCAAUUUAGAUUUUGCUCUGUCAGAGAUUUGAGUAUUUUUAAUUACUUAGUGGUAAGGUGUUACCAGAUGAAACUGGUCCGCACCAGAUGACCAGCUUAGUCAAAUAACAGUGAUAUUGACCACCCUGGGAAGCUUAUAUUUGGCUGGGAAGUGUUGAUAUGCUGCUGUUCCCAAAAAUGUUCACGCAUAAAGUAAAGAACUCAGUUUCAAUUUCAGCCAUUGAAAUGGUCAUCCAACUUAUAAAUUCAGAAUAGAAUAUAACAUCAUUUUAAAGGAAAGUUUCCUCUCUGGGAUUUGUGUCAUUUUGAUGGACAAAAUGACAACUACAAUAUCCCAAAUAUUGUUGGGUAUUUUCCUCUAAGCAUUGGAUAAAUAUCCACUGUUAAAAGGUAUGUAAUGGAGGUAUUCUUCCUGGAUAGCAAAUUAAAUGAUUUGUUUUGAUAACUGUUAGUAAUUUUCUCAAUGCAUGUCUUUGUUUUGCUUGAACGGUUAGGAAAUGCUUGGUUUUUUGUACCAAUUGGAGCAGAAUAAAUGACAAAACCAAUGGAUAGUUAUUUUGUAAAAAAAAAAAAUUAUAGUAAUAAUUUUAGUGAGCGACUGAACACUUUAUUAAUCACACAUCUUACUCUUGCACACGUACAGGUACAUAAUAUCCAAGGAUAGGGCGCUUUCACUGAGAACCCAUCCUUCAUGCAAAACCAAACCCUUGCAUUUUUCUUACAGUUAGCAAUCAAUUGGACAUCUCUUGAAGAAUUUUGCAGAGAAUUAUAAACCACACCUUACUCUAUGAACUUAAGUUUGGUUUGAUGGCUGUGAUGUUAGAUUUAGACACAAGUUAUAAGUAACUCUGCAAAACCAUCUUCUGCAACAAGUACUUGUGAAUUGUCACUUUAAUGCAGUGUUGAAUUUUACACUGCAACAUUGGCUAUCAUACAGUACAUCAAAAAGCAGAAGAAACAAAAUGGCUUGAAAGCCAUCCAUAAAUUACACCUAUAGAAACAUCAGAAACAUAAGAGACUUCAUUUCCCAAGAGGUCUUUGAUACAAGUAAGAGGAGCAGAUUGCAUAUUUUGAUGUUUGUCAUACCUAUCAUUCUUGUAUCACAUAUUAGCAAAUAGUUUAUGGAACAUUGCUGAUAAUGUACCCCUUAUUCCCUUGUAAAUCUGGCAAAGCAGAAGAAAGCACAGUUGCAGAGAAUUUUCUAUGUUUGGGCAACUUGAAUUGACUGUAACCCUCUAAUUCCCAAGAUCUAAUCAGUAAUUCUUCUUUCUGAUUGCCUGACAUUUCCAGGUAAAUUAAGCAGGAAAUGUUGGUUUCAUAUAAAGGAAACAUCUUCCUGUUGAUACGUUUGUCUGAUCUCAUAACCUUUUUGUAAGAUGACAUACAAUAUGGGAAUCACAUGGAGAAGUUACGUAUCAAUCUCCCGAGGGAAUUGCAGAGUUAAGUGGUAUUAAGACUUAACUAUCAGCUUCUUCAUACAGGAUUUCCAAGUUUCUAACAAGUGACUACUGGUACUUAAAGUUACAAAUUUACAAUCAAAUGUCUUUGAUAAUGUUGAAUAUAUUAAACCUAUUUUGGUAGAAGAGAGAUGUUUAACUUAAUGAAUUAGUAGUCUAAGAGUGUCCAAAAAGGACAGGUCAAUAAGGUGCAUUAAAGAAUAUUUUUAAGAACACUGA